AUGAGAAGGAAAAGAUCUUUAGAGGACACACAGCACCCGGACGACUCUGAAAUCGAGUCUAAAACACCUAAAAAGCUCAACACACAAUUAAGUCCUGUCACGCCGGUUACCACCGAUCAUCCUGACAACAUGGAUCAAAUCCUUGAAGAAAUUGCUGCUCUAAGAGCAAACCAAGAUAAACAGUACAAAGAAAUUGAAGAAAAAUUUGAGGAAAAUUUCAAGGAAGACCAGGCCUCUUUUACAGAAUUAAAAUCUGGGCUGAAAAAAUUGGAAGAAGAAUUUAAUACGACAAAGUUGGAUCUGACUAGUCGUAUUAAAGAACUAGAAAAAAAUGCGGUCAAGAUAAGCCAGUCAAACUCAGUUCCGACAGAUCCGACCUCCUCAAAUCCCAAUUCAUGGGUGUCAAACCCAAUGAAUGAGGAGAUCUCGUUUCUCACCAGGAUUAAGAGACGAAUAAACAGCAAAACGAUGGCAAACGAAUACAGAGGAGUUCCGCCGAUGUCGAUGACGGACAACGUGGGCGAAAACUGGCGAACAUGGCGGGCCAGAUUUGAAAACUACCUCGUCGCCUCGGAAGCGAACAAAAAAUCAGAGGCCACACAAUGUGCUCAGUUGCUCCACUACAUCGAAAAUUUGGCGUACGAAAGGUACCAGUUCUUCUCGUAUCGCCAACGUGACGGGGAAACGUUGGAACAAUUCAUAACGGAACUAAAGAAAAAGGCGAAGAAAUGCAAGCUGGGCAGUCUGAACGACGAAUUAAUCAAGACGAUGAUUACCUGCGGAGUAGCCGACGGGUCUAUAAGGGAGAAACUGCUCCAAAACGAUGAGCAAACUCUCCAGGAAGCUAUAGACCGCUGUCUCAUCAUCGAGAAAUCCAAAGAGAGAUCACAGGAGAUGGAGCACGCACUGACGACGACAGCAUCGGUUGAUGCAAUCAAGGGGCGGAGUCAACGCACCGACACAGCGCAACACACUUAUACAGCUAAGUCUAUAACUUCGUGUACGAAAUGCGGAUAUACUCACGCGAUAAACAGAUGCCCGGCGUACAAUAAAAUCUGUAAUAACUGUAGAAAGAAAAAUCACUUUGCUGAAAUGUGUUUCAAAAAACAAUACGGAAACGAGCGCGAUCAGAAAAUAAACGAAAUCAAUGAAGAUUCAGAUCACAGCGAAUACCUGUUUAUAGCUCAAGUCGAAACCUCAAAUGUAAAAGAACGGUGGUACGCGGAGUUAGUAAUAAACAAUCAUAGCAUAGAAUUUAAAAUCGAUACGGGCGCUGACGUGAAUAUUCUGCCCAUGCCAAUAUUUAAAAAGAUCAACAUAGCGAAAAAAGAAAUUCAAAGAACGAACACGAAAUUGAAUUGUUAUUCGGGCGAAACUCUUAACGUGGUAGGCAAAUGUAACGUCAUGUGCCACAGGAAAGGCCAAAAACAUGAAAUUGAGUUUUUUGUAAUCGACUCUAACGGAACACCUCUGUUGGGUCGAAAAACCUCGGAGGAAAUAAAUCUCGUUAAAAGAAUUUAUUCAGUCGAACAGAACAGCUACAAUGAAUUACGAAAACAAUAUGAAGACGUAUUUUCUGGAAUAGGUUGUCUAAGUAAACCGUAUCAAAUUAAGCUAAAAAAGAACGCCACGCCUGUAAUACAUCCUACGAGGCGAGUUCCUUUGCCGCUGCGAGACACUCUCAAACAAGCAUUGGAUAAACUUGAAAAAGACAAAAUAAUAGAAAAGAAAGAGGGUCCGUCAGAAUGGGUAAACGCACUCGUGCUCGUGAGGAAACCAAACGGAUCGAUUCGUAUUUGUAUUGACCCGAAAGAGAUAAAUAAACAAAUCGAAGUCGAGCCGCGACAAAUUCCGACCUUCGAAGAAAUUAUAAGCAGAGCUAACGGAGCGACCGUAUUCAGCAAACUUGACGCGCAAGCAGGGUUCUAUCACGUCCCGUUGGACGAAAAAAGCUCGGAAAUUUGCACAUUCGGCACGCCUUUCGGGAGAUAUAAAUUCAGAAGGAUGCCUUUCGGCAUUAAAACUGCACCGGAGGUGUUUCAGGAUAGAUUCAAACAAAUUUUCGAUUUGGAAGGCGUCGAAGUGUACAUUGAUGAUAUUUUUGUAUACGGCAAAACGAAAAAAGAAAACGACAUUAGACUUAAGGAAGUCCUAGAUGCGGCCAGGCAAAACGGCGUUCGGUUUAACAUAGAUAAAUGCGAGUUGGGGAAAAAACAAAUUAAAUACAUUGGUCAUAUAAUCUCCGAGAAUGGUAUUGCUCCAGACAGUACAAAGAUAGAAGCCAUCAAAAAACUACCGGUGCCGCAGAAUAAAAAAGAGUUACAAAGAAUCCUCGGGAUGCUAACGUACGUCAGUAAAUUCGUAGUCAAUUUCGCGGAGAAAACGGCUCCCCUAAGAAAUGUUCUGAAAAAAGAUGGGGUUUUUGAAUGGAACGCGGAGCAACAGAGAGCAUUCGACCAGCUAAAAGCAUGCCUAUCGAGCGCUCCAGUAUUACAGUUCUUCGAUGUAAAUAAAGAGACGACACUUUCAGUCGAUGCUUCGCAGGCGGGGCUAGGAGCCGUAUUACUCCAAAAUAGACUUCCUUGUGCGUACGCGGCGAAAGCGAUGACCGAUACACAAACGCGUUAUGCGCAAAUAGAGAAAGAGCUGUUGGCAGUUUGUUUCGGUUUAGAGCGAUUCCAUGAUUAUAUUUACGGGAAAAAAAUAGUCGUCGAAACGGAUCAUAAGCCGCUAAUACCAAUAUUUCAAAAGCCCCUGAACAAAUGUCCAGGAAGACUUCAAAGAAUGUUGGUGCAAAUUCAGAAAUACGACAUAGAGAUCGUUUAUCGCCCAGGCAAAGAACUCUAUAUAGCAGAUGCUUUGUCGCGGGCUUACGAUAAAAACGAUAAGUUCCUAGGAUGGUCACAAGAAAUUGAAUCACAAGUAUGCUCAGUAAAUUAUGUAAACGCAACUCCCGAAAAGAUAAAACAGCCAAUUGAAAGUACCGAGAAAGACAGCGAGUUAAAAGCGUUAAAAGAAAUAAUCCAAAACGGUUGGCCGAACAACUCAAACAAACUGCCAGCAACGGUAAGACCGUAUGCUCAAUAUAAAAGCGAACUUGUUAUUGUAGACGGUUUAGUUUUUAAAAACGAUUGUUUAGUGAUCCCGCGUGAAAUGCGAAAUGAAAUAAUCGACAGAAUACACUAUUCCCACCAAGGAAUUACUAAAUGUCAGAAAAUCGCACGCGAAUCGGUAUUUUGGCCAGGUAUCUCGAAUCAAGUCAAACAAAAAAUCGGCAGUUGUCCAAUCUGUUUAAAAUACUCGAACUCACAAAACAGGGAACUUCUUCAACCCCACGAAAUUCCAGAACUACCAUGGAACAAAAUUGCGUGUGACAUGUACGAGAUAAAUGGCCAGAAAUACCUUCUCGUUGUAGACUACUAUUCAAAGUAUCUUGAAAUAGCCGAGCUACGGCGAAACGCGACAAGCGAAAACGUGAUUAGACACCUCAAAACAAUGUUUGCGUCUCACGGCGUACCGGUGACCAUAGUAUCUGACGGAGGUACUCAAUUUACAUCGCAAGAAUUUAAGAAAUUCGCGAAAGAAUGGGAGUUUGAUCAUGUAACAUCAUCUCCAACGUAUGCGCAGUCCAAUGGCAUGGCUGAAAGACACAUUCAAACGUUCGAGAAAAAAGCGAAAAAAAUAAUGGAAGAGAGAAAAGAUGUACAAAUGGCGUUGUUACAGUAUCGCAACACUCCUGUAAUCGGGAAUCGAUCGCCCGCCGAACUAUUAAUGUCGCGCAAACUCCGAGACAAUUUGCCGAACUGUAGUGAAAAAUUCCUACCUAAAGUGGUACCAAACAACAUAAAAAAAAUGAUUGUCGAAGAACAGAACAAACAAACAGAAUAUUAUAAUAGAAGGGGAGCGAAAAACCUUCCUGAAAUUCCCGACAACACAGACGUCUACGCACAACUCCAACCUAACAGCCUUUGGCAACCGGCAAAAGUCAUAUCUCAAACAGGCAACAGACGCUACAGCAUACAGACUAAAACGGGGAACAUCCUCACGAGAAACAGACGAUUCCUGAAACCCUUUAAAAAAACAAUGGCAAAAAAUAAACCUCCCUCGUCUCCUCUGGUCGCUAACGGCGACAAUAAGACCUACUACAUUCCUUUGGAAGACGAAACAAAUUCCCAAACAGAUGACACCGAGACAAACUCAGAUAGCGAGGGUCCUGAAACCGCACAGGCGGUCGAGCUUAACGAUACGAGCAUUGCGGAAUCUCAAAACGGUACCGAAUCAGAUCAAAGCGUAAUUAUAGUAGACACUUCGACCGAGGCUGACGAGACGUGGUCAGAAGCCGAGGCAAUGCCUACCGCAACUAUCACACAAAGCGGUAGAGAAAGUAAAUCACCAAGUAGACUACAGAUAGAAUAA